AUAUUAUGAAGCUUUUGACAAGAACCCUUUCAUGAAUCGUACUCGAGUUGCUGACUAUGUAGCUUGGAUAGAAAAAAUGGAAAACGUUGAACAAUUUGGCGACACAUGGUUUGACGUUUCUGCGAAAGCUAUGGCAGAAUACUGGGACUGCGAAGGCGAUCCUGCGUUGACCUGGAAAGAUCGUGGCUAUAAAACAAUUUUGGAUCUGUUAAUGCAAAAUAUUCCGAACGCAGAGAAACGCUUGCCAGUGAUGGAAAGGAUAGAGUUCGGAAAAGUUGUGGCAACCAUCAAUUACAGCUCAAACGAGAACGUGACGGUGACUACCAGAGAUGGAUGCGAAUAUUUCACGCGGCAUGUAAUAUUCACUGGGUCUCUAGGUGUUCUGAAGGAGAAACAUUCUAUAAUGUUCGUGCCACCCUUAUCGCAGAAGAAACAACGGGCAAUAGAGGGAUUAAAUAUUGGAACAGCGAACAAGGUUUACCUUGAAUUUCCGCAUAGAUGGUGGCCGGAGGAUAAAGGCAACUUUGGUUUUAUCUGGCCAGAAAAAGUUAAAAAGGAAUUCUUGCAAAACUAUGGUCAAAGUAGCGAGUGGCUCUGCGACGUGUACUCGUUUGCCCCUGUGGCUUAUCAACCGAAUCUCUUAUGUGCUUGGAUAACUGGAAAAAACGCGAGACACAUGGAAACCUUAUCGGAUGUUGACGUAUACGACGGAUUGUAUUUAUUGUUAAAUAAAUCAUUGGGAGAACAUUACAAUGUUGUGAAACCAACGAGAAUAUUAAGAUCUAAAUGGUACACCGAUGAACAUUUUCAAGGCUCGUAUAGUUUCCAAAGCAUGGUUUCCGAACAAAUGGAUGUAAAGCCGAGAGAUCUGGCUGAACCAGUUAUGAGUGGAAAUAAACCUAUAAUUCUUUUCGCUGGAGAAGCUACGCACGAUUAUUAUUAUUCCACUGUGCACGGCGCCGUGGAAACUGGUUUCCACGAAGCGGAUAGACUAAUCAACUUUGAAAGGCAAUUAAACGCCCACCUCUAGCUACAUCUUCUACAACUACACCCUUAUAAUGAACGGGAUUACGGAAACUAAAAAUAUUUUACAAUUUGUAAUAUUGGCAACAAGCGAAUAUAUUUAAGGCAUGGGUGACUACGGUACUUGUUUGUAAGAAGUAAACAUUUGUAUAAAAUAUGUAAACAUUUGUAUAAAACUACCUUUUGUCCAUUAUAAUAAUGUAAAUUUUAA